ACGGACACUUUAACACCCUGAGCACGAGCCGAGUUUGACGGGAGAGGCUUUGGUUUGACUGUGGGAUGAAGCCGAGUGUGCUGAGUGGGGCAGCUGUCAGUGGAGCUGCGGUCUGUGUGUGCAUUAACACGACGACCAUGGUCUGUUAAACCUACUGUUUAUACUGUUUAUGAGCCUAAUAUCAGCCGCAUAUCAUCACCUAUGACACCCAGCUGUCAGCAGAGACACACUGCAGCUCCACUUUGAGUCACUCCGAGACAAACUACACAUACAAAGUCUCCUGCAUGCAAGUAUUAAAAGGUGAGAAGCAAGACGGAGCCAAACGUGAGCCCAGACCACACUCAGCAAACCUGUGAGAUGCUCAGAAACCACCCGACAGGUGAUUUUCAGCACUCAAACAAACCAGUGUGUUAGGACGUGCCACACUCAUCGCCACUGGGUAGCCCAUGCACAUGCACGACACCAUGGGUAGCUCCCCCGAGGUGCUCUCGUGGACCUCCUGCCCCAGUCUGCUGGUGGGCAAGCUGAAGGAGGAGCUCAAGCUCACUGUGGUUGGGGACGGCAUGAAGAAAUCAAACUCGCCCAACUCCCAACAUCAGCCUCCUCAGGCACCUCCAUCCACCUUACCUCCUCAGAUUAUCACAGACCUGGCCCCGCCGACACACCUGCCCGUUCCCCUGCAGACACUGCAGAUGCCCGGCCAGGAUGAGGACUCAAUGCUCGGGGGUGUGAGUCCCCCAAACACAGCCUUGAGCGUGGACUCGACACGGAGCGAGGGUGGGCACUUUGACAACAGCGUGCUCCAGCUGCAGGAGCAGGACCACGAGGAAGCCGUUUCACCAGCCUCCUGUGAGCAUGGUGGUUGUGGCAGCGGGAUGGAGGAGCAGAUGGGAGAAGGGGACUGUCCCAUUGAUCACAGUGGAGAGGGAAGGCAAAGCCAUCCCCAUCACCCUGAUGACAUCAAGCUGCACUUUCACAGAGCAGGGCCUGGGUCGGGUGGGUUCCUAGAAGGGCUGUUUGGCUGCCUUCGGCCUGUGUGGAACAUCAUAGGGAAGACGUACUCAACAGAAUACAAGCUACAACAGCAAGACAUGUGGGAGGUUCCAUUUGAGGAGAUUUCAGAGUUGCAGUGGCUGGGCAGCGGAGCACAGGGCGCUGUCUUCUUGGGCAAGUUCCGCUCCGAGGAGGUGGCCAUCAAGAAGGUGCGCGAGCAGAAGGAGACGGACAUUAAACACCUACGAAAACUCAAGCACCCAAAUAUCAUCAGCUUCAAGGGUGUGUGCACCCAGGCACCUUGUUACUGCAUCAUCAUGGAGUACUGUGCCCAGGGCCAGCUGUAUGAGGUGCUGAGGGCGGGGAGGAAAGUGACCCCCAGGAUGCUGGUGGACUGGGCCUCAGGCAUCGCCAGUGGCAUGAACUACCUACACCUGCACAAGAUCAUCCACAGAGAUCUCAAGUCUCCCAAUGUUUUGGUCACCCACAACGACACUGUGAAAAUCUCCGACUUUGGAACGUCCAAAGAGCUCAGUGACAAAAGUACAAAGAUGUCAUUUGCGGGUACGGUGGCCUGGAUGGCCCCAGAAGUGAUAAGAAAUGAGCCUGUGUCUGAAAAAGUAGAUAUCUGGUCAUUUGGAGUUGUGUUGUGGGAACUUCUGACCGGAGAGAUUCCCUACAAAGACGUGGACUCCUCGGCCAUCAUUUGGGGUGUUGGCAGCAACAGUCUUCACCUUCCUGUCCCCUCCACCUGCCCAGACGGCUUCAAAAUCCUCAUGAAACAAACAUGGCAAGGCAAGCCCAGGAAUAGGCCUUCGUUUCGUCAGAUCCUCCUACACCUCGACAUUGCCUCUGCUGAUGUCCUAGGAGCUCCUCAGGAGACCUACUUCAAGUCUCAGGCAGAAUGGAGGGAGGAAGUGAAGAAACAUUUUGAGAAGAUCAAAAGUGAAGGCACCUGUAUCCACAGGCUGGACGAGGAGCUGAUCCGACGCAGACGGGAUGAACUCAGGCAUGCACUGGACAUCCGGGAGCACUAUGAGAGGAAGCUGGAGAGAGCCAACAACCUAUACAUGGAGCUCAGUGCCAUCAUGCUGCAGCUGGAGGUCCGAGAGAAGGAACUAAUGAAGAGAGAGCAGGCAGUGGAGAAGAAAUAUCCCGGUACCUAUAAGCGCCACCUGGUCAGACCCAUCGUCAGGUCCAAUGCUGUAGAGAAGCUCAUCAAGAAGAAAGGAAGCAUGUCCCACAAACCUGGGAUGCCCACCGCUAAAAGGCCAGACUUGCUCCGUUCUGAUGGCAUCCCCAGCCUCGACCCUCUCCCCUCGCCCUCGCCUCUAUCUGCCAGCCCGAAGAUCUCCACGCCUCCUGGCAAAGCCCGCUACCGAAGCAAGCCUCGUCACCGCCGAGCCAACAGCAAAGGAAGCCACAGCGAGUUCCCCGGGGUGCUGAAGCCUCUUGCUGGAGCACCAGAGGACGCCCAGUCGCUCCAGGAGCAGCCGUUCCUCCAUCACCACCACCACCACCCGCCCCCCGAGGGGCCCUUCCUCCCCUUGAAGGGCCGCGAGGAGGCCGUUGUCAACUGUGCCAACAACCUGCGCUACUUUGGCCCCGCUGCUGCCCUCCGUAGCCCUCAGACAGACCACCUGCAGCGGCGUGUUUCUGGCUCUAGCCCUGACCUUAUAUCAACUGCUGUGGAUGCGGACACACGACAGCGGACUUCAUCCACCAGCUCCAAUCCUGUUCCAGGUGCUGGUUCUUUGUGUCCCUGUUGCCAGGCUCACCCGUUCCCUGGCUGCCUACACUGUCAGGAGACCCCUCCUGCAUCAAACCACCCAGAGUUGCCCCACUAUUCCCUGCUCAACACCCAGGAAAGCACCCCAUCCUCUUUAGGGGCUCCCAGCAAAGAUCCCACCUCAGACGGGGAAGUCACAAAGAAGGCUGAGCCACAGGAACAAGAAGCGUCCCAGCGCACUCACAACCUGCUCACUGCUCUGCCCCGCACUCUCAGACCUCUCAGGAAGGGUGGCGAUGAGUCAUCUGAAGAGGAGGAGGGGGAGGUUGAUAGUGAAGUGGAGUUUCCAAGGAGACAGAGACCUCAUCGCUGUAUGAGCAGCUUCCAGUCCUACUCCACCUUCAGCUCAGAGAACCUGUCAGUGUCUGACGGAGAGGAGGGAAACACCAGCGACCACUCCCACAGCGGGCCCCUGGAGAGGCUGAGCGCCAGUCAGGAGGAACACCUGGACGAGCUACUGUCGCACACACCCGACAUCCCCAUUGACAUCUCCACCCAGUCAGACGGCCUCUCUGACAAGGAGUGCGCCGUCCGUAGGGUGAAGACCCAGAUCUCACUGGGGAAACUGUGCUCCGACGAACACAGCUACGAGAAUCCACUGCAGUUUGGGGACUCAGACUGUGAUUCAUCAGAAGCAGAGUGCUCCGAUGCCACCAUUAGAAACAACAAAGUCGGGGCUCCCUCCUCGUGGUGAAACCCGCCCCAGGGCUCGGUUCUGUUUUUGCCUGGAGGCCAUUGUGUCCCACUCUGCCCUGCAGAAAAUACAGCAAUAAGAGGACGACAUUGUAAACAUAGCUCCUUAUAGCAAAGCCCCAUGCAAUCUCUCCCAGAACCUCCCCCCCAGAACAAACCUUCCCUUCAUGAAACCCCCCCAUUCCCCCCCUCAUCUCUAGCACAGCAUCCAGGCAACCCAUGGCAGGGAUUCCCUUUUCAAUGAUACUGUACAGUAGAUAGUGUAACAUUCAUAAUUUAUUUUUGUCUGAGUUUUGAAGGAAAAUUCAGGACAUCUGUAAAUUCUCUGAUCUGAACAGAGAAGAAAAACUGACAUUUUGAAACUGAGCAUGGGCUAAGUGUGUGUGAUGAUUAUGACGAUGAGAAGGAGGAUGUGUUGAAGCGCUGAUGCAUCAGUGUGGAGUUACAUCGCUGCGAUUGUCGGUUUCAGGUGACUGACGCAGACAAAGGAGCGUCACUACAAGCCUAUCGUCGCCCUCAGCAUAUUACUGUUUUAGACGGAAAUCCCCAACCAACAAGGACCCCCUCUUACUGACGUAAGAUCAACCUGCUUUCUCAUAGUUUACAGUGCAGAGCCCCAGUCCCCUGCCUCUCCCACUCCCAUCCUGUCCCCACCACGGAGAGUGGGGAACAGGGAGCUCAUGAAAAACAGCGUGAACACCAGCAUGAACAACCUGCCUCGCAACCGGACUCCCUCCCUCCUUAGAAACCACCACGUGUCUAAGUCAGUCAUCGGGAACCCAGCUAAACUGUCCAAGCAUGCCGGUGCAGCGUCGCAAAAAAAAAUGCAAACGCUGCCAGAAGACUGCAUGAAGCGGACAAGCUAGCAGAGCAACAGAGAUGAAGAGUCGUCCGAGAGCUGAGGAGAAGACAAAACAAACAAAAAUAACAGACUCUUCCUCUGUAACCCAGCUCAUCCUUCUCCGAGACACGCCAACGUCAUUGUCAUCAUCAAUCAGAUGUCAUGACCAGAGUCGUUUAGGGAGUUGUCAGUGAGUGUGUGUGUGUGUGUGUAUGAACACAGAGCCCUUUCCUCUCCAUUAGACAUUACAGUUUCAAGUCUCAUCUCAGGAUUGUUCGCGGACUGUGACAAACUGGACCGGACCAAUUGUUGUAUGUAGGAAUCUUCUUCGAGUGGCACAUAAUACGGACCAUACAGGAAUAUUUAAAGAAAAGGUCUUACAGAUAGCCUUGAUGUUCAACCCUUUAUUGCUGUAACAGACAUUAAUGUUAUGUAGAGCGUUUUUAGUUGCAAUCCAGGUGCAGUAUCCCGUUUCUUGAAUCCACUAGGUGCAGCAUCUCCCAUCUACCAUUUUCUAGCAGGGUAAUUUCUACUGUCUGACACGCAACAUCCAAAAAUAACAAUUGUUUUCUGUGCUGUAGUGAAAAAAACAGCAAUAAUGUAGGUUGGCGCUCAGGUGAGAAAGAAGUUGCUUGCUCAGGAUCCGGGGCGUCUAGCUGGCUAGACACGAUACAGUGACUGGUGGCUAGAGGAGAGCAGCAAGUGUCGAACUGGUUAUUGAUAUAGAUGAUAUAUUUUUUAAAUGGUCCCAUUUUUAUGAACUGGCCUUUCCGGGGGUUUGAUGCUCAGGUUUUAUGUUGCCAAUUGAGAGCAGGAGCAAUAUAUCAACAGCCACUAGAUGGCGACAGUUACAAUGACUUACUUUUCCUUGUGUUAUGUAAAAGUCCUGACUCCAUUCCUUUUCUUUUUUUUUACCCAGAGUAAUUUAUCUGAUGUUUCCCAUCACCAUCUAAACCAUAGAAUCACAGCAAUAUUACAAUUUUUGACUUGUUGUCUUUGAAAAGGGAUACUGCACCUGUGAGAGCUUUACUUUUUACCCCUAUUAGAGUGUUUGUCAUCCACCUUAAUGAUUCUGCGGUUAAAAAAAAAAAAAAAAAAAAAAAGCCAGCCAGGGUUGAAUUUAACGAUAAUGAUGUCAACAUGUCAGCUCAAAUGUACACAGGCGGCUGAGAUUCUAAGUUAGGAAUAUAAGCCAGAGACGAGGCCACAGAGCAAUCAAGCUGCUCUUGGUUUUCAGCAACCUCAUCUCAGUGUUAGUUACUCCUGUAUAUAAACAUCUGUAAAUGUAAUCUGUUAUUGUCCUCUCUCUCUGAUGUACCGCACAGCGCUGACAGAGCCCUCUGUCACUGAUGACCAGCCCCAACUGGUUGAAAAUGAGCAGGAAAUUCUUUCAUCUGUAUUACAUCAGUAUUGAACACUGCAGGAGGGUGUGAGUCACGAGAACCGAGUAGCACAAGGUGAAUCUAAAACUGUACUGACGGAUCAAUUACCUUUUGCUUGAAAGCUUUGGAAAGGCUUACACCUGGUACCUAAAGCAGCUGCUGCCUUUCCUCGAGCCUCCUUCUUCACUCUGUUUACGUACGUGUGAAAUAACCUAGUGUAUUGUAAUGACUGGGUGAUCCGAUCAAGCUGUUAAUAACAUUGUCUUUCUGGCAUAUAUCCUGUGAAGUAUGAUUGUUGUAAAGUUUUAAUUUAAUUUUUGAUUGUUUUUUUUUUUUCUUUGUAGCUGGCCUACAUGAUUAUUAAGUUAAUUUAUUAUGAAUGACUGGUAAGGUGUUCUUUUUAAUUUCAGGCAGCUUUAGAAAGUCAUGACCUAUGAUUUCUCCUAAAGUAUUAUUUAAAGGAAGCACAAUGAAUUGGUGUGGGAAGAGGACAGUAUUUGUGUGGCAGAACAAAAGCAUUGUCAUAUCACGGGCAUCAUUUUUGUCUUUGUGACCCUGCAGGGGACCAUCCAUCAUUUAGAUCAUUAAGUAUUGAUUUAGCAGACUUCACAUCGGUAAUUAGCCACAUCAGGAGUUCCUAAAGCUUUUUUCUUAUCUCGACAUAAGCUAUAAGGAAUCACUUCUAGUGCAACCAAAAGCCAGUCAGUGCACUGUCACAGCAGGGUAAAUGAGACGUUAAGCGUGAAGGCAUGUGUGAUGCCGAUUUCUGUACUUCUGCAGAGAUCCCUUCCUCUCAUUUUUAAUCAAAAUACCAGUUACUUACAUCUGAAUUUCUGUGAAAUUGUCUCUAACGGUAGACAUCAUGUUGCCUCAUCCCAUGUAUCAAACAUCUGUUUCUUUGUUACUCUCAUUUCCAACUCCCUUUCCUGUUGAAUGGCAUUACGAUCAACCAAUCCUGUCAGUUUCCUGUAUUAUCCAGUGUACAGUGCAAUGGGUAUCUGGGAGAAUAAAAUCAGAGCAAACAACUGCAUGGAAUAAAUGCUGAUGUACUGUACCCAACACACUGUGGUCCGUCUCUUUUGUGACACAACAGAUGCUUGUUGAUUUUCAGCUCAUUAGAUGUACUCAUAUUUCAUAUUAAUUGAUAGUAAUUCAUAGAUUUAUUAAGUUUUAGAGUUUAAUACAUUCAGUGUCAUACAUGCGUUUGAUCAUGUCAUCAAGCUAGUAGGCUGUCUCUGCUAAGUAGCUGACAGUUAGUCACACAGUAGGAAA